AUGUCUAGGCGAGACACUCGCAGAGACAAGCAGGGCCGUCAUGACGAACGAACCACGCUCCUGCCGCACGACGAUGUCGACGCGCCCCCCACGGAAAACAAGCAAACGCCCCUACCGAAAGUGCAGAUCGCGACGCUCAUGCUAGUGCAGCUUGCGGAGCCCAUGACGAGUCAGUGCAUAUACCCCUUCAUAUACGAGCUGGUCGGGACGCUGGACAUCAUCAAGGGAGAUAAGAGAAAGGUCGGAUAUUACGCUGGCAUGAUCCAAACGCUGUUCUUCGCGACGCAAGCGUUGACGGUGUUACAAUGGAGCCGCCUCUCCGAUCGCAUAGGCCGUAAACCCGUUCUGCUGAUCGGACUCUCUGGCCUCUGCCUCUCGAUGGUGUUCUUUGGAUUAUCGACCACCUUCUGGCUGCUCGUCGUCAGCCGAUGCUUGAACGGAGCGUUGAACGGGAACACGGGCGUGAUGAAAAGCAUGGUCUGCGAGCUGACCGACCCGUCCAACGCCGCGCAGGCGUUCGCGCUGCUGCCCCUGACAUGGGCCGUGGGCGUCACCGUAGGGCCCUUCAUAGGCGGAACGCUCUCGAGGCCGCACGACGCGUGGCCGAAGACGUUCGGCGGCCGAUUCUGGAGGAAGUAUCCGUACUUCCUUCCUUGCGCCGUCUCGGCCGGGUUCUCAGCGUUCGUGUUCAUCCUCACCUUGUUCGUCCUCAAAGAGACGCUUCCCCGCCACAAAAAGGCCUCCGAUACCUCACCGGAAUCCCCGACUCGUGGUGACCCCAGCGACGGCGUAGACGAGAGCAAGCCUCCCCCGCUCAAGAGCGUCCUCACGCGUCCGGUCCUCGUCUCCCUCGCGAACUACGCCCUCCUCGCCCUCCUCGACAUCGCCCUCCUCGCCCUCCAACCGCUCUUCUACGCCUCCCCCGUCCCCCACGGCGGCCUCGGCCUCUCCCCGCGCGCGAUCGGGCUCGUCAUGGGCGCCUACGGCCUCGGCAACGGCAUCGUCCAGGCCUCGCUCCUCCCCCGCGUGAUCCGCAAGCUCGGCAUGAGGCGCACGUUCGUGUCGGGCAUCGCGGCCUUCCUGCCGAUCUUCGCGGGGAUGCCCGCGAUGAACGCGCUCGCGAGAAGGAGCGGCGGGAUGGCGGCGGGCGUGUGGGCGGCGUUGGUGGUCGAGCUGGGGUUGUGCGUCGUGAGGGAUAUGUGUUACGGCGUGAUUUACGUGUACAUUACGAGCGCGGCGCCGAGCAAGCGGUGCUUGGGCGCGGUGAACGGGCUCGCUCAAACGACCGCGUCGGUGGUAAGAGCGGUCGGCCCCGCGGCGUCUACGUCGCUGUUUGCGUUCUCUGUCGAGCACGAUGUUCUGGGCGGGUACGCGGCGUACGCGAUUUUGGACGCCUUCGCGAUCGGCGCGCUGUGCGUCGCGGUGAAACUGCCGGAGGAUAGGUGGGAUUGUGACAGGCUAGGCGCAGAAGGAGACCGCGAAGAUAGAAUGUGAAUGCGGUAGAACUACAGAAAAAAGAAACCGUGUUGCGCUCGGAGAGUGUGUUAGAGUUUCGCGUCAUGCUAUAGGAUGGAAACACGCCCAUCUGUGUGUGUUGUUAUUGAGGAAAUUAUCGCGGCCCUGCCCCAGUAGCGCUACGGCGGCGCCCUGGCUGUAACCUGAUGCUGUAGGCUACCGAGGGUUACGUGCUCUUGAUAUACACACGA